GCUGUCGUUUUCUGAUAAAAGCGCACGGAGCGAGCUGGAACCCAUCGUAUUGGUGACACAGUUGCGUUGCGCACUGAGUUUUACGGCUUUCCGCGUCAUUUUUCGAUGUUUUUUGGGGUAUUUGGAACAAAACGCCCGCCAGCGGGUUGGAUUCGUGGUGAUUAGUUGACGGAUUUCCAUGCCCGUGUAGCUCCGUGGCUGCGCUGUAAUAAACACCCCUCCCCCACGGCGGUUGUUUUCAUUCAUAAGUUCCCCUGUCUGUUUGGAAGCCUCCUCCAACGAAUCCUGGUCUCCGGUUUUAUAGGCUCUGGCUUGUAUUCCCGCAUUACUUCUGCUAAAUGUGAUCUGUGCGGAUAGUCUCACGUGUGGUGCGCCAAUCUGACGCAGAAAAUGGGCAGCAAACCUCGGGCUUUUUUCCCGGUCGUGUAGCUUUUGGCCUCCUGCAGGUUGACUUUGCUUCAGAACAUCCCCGAAGGCUUAAACUGGAGUUCCUGACCGUAUUUAAGUGUAAACAGCGAACGUUGCGACACAGCGACUUCCCAAAAAAUGCGCAUUUUCUUUAUUAUUGCACGCCAGUGCGACAUUCUGUUGUUUUAAAACUCAGCCUGUCUUUUGUCAGAUCUUGAUCUGACCCUAAUAUUUUUCUGAGCUGUGCUCCGGUCCUCGUUUUUUCCUGCACUUCUUUUCGAGCUUGUGACAGAAUACUAAGUGAGGCAACUCAUUUAGCUCCCUUGGAUCGUGUCCUCAUUUCGUUGCCGCGCAGCAUUUAAAUGUUAACUAGUCAUACAAAUGUAAAUGAGGAGGGGAAGUAUUUGUAGGGCCUACUGAAGUUUAGAUGUGUGCGUACUGGGAAGGAAAGGUUUUCCAAUGCAUGUCCACGGUGAAUGUCGGAAGUGGUGAUCCCCCCAGAUGGAGCUCCAAAGUCAACAUGGCCCUGGCGGUUCAUUAGUGGUGAUCCAGCAGCCUUCCCUUGAGAGAGGGCAGAGGUUGGAGAUUGAGCAUGCAGCCAUUCUGUCCCUGGAACAAAUCAAGGCCAUCCGCUCCAGUAACGAGUACACGGAGGGGCCAUCGGUGGCUCGGAGGCCCCCUGUGCCCCGCAUGGCCCCCAGGCCUCAGGACAAGCAGGAGAGGACUCAUGAGGUCAUCCUCGUCAAUGUGAACAACAAUUAUGAGCGUCGGCCACCAGGUCAUCAUCACCUUGGGGGUGGCAUGGUGGUUGUGUCUGGGGCACAACAGCAAGGUGGGCCUCGAGCACCUGGGCUCAGCCGCUCAACCAGCACCGGAAGUGCCGCCAGCUCGGGGAGCAACAGCAGUGCCUCCUCCGAGCAGGGACUCCUAACACACUCGCCACCCGCCAGGCCCGGCGUGAAUCUACAGCACCACCACAGGGCAGACCGGCCUGUUCGGACUCAACCUAAACCCAAGAACCUUUCACAGCCCCAACAGGGACUUCACUUCCACCAGCCUCCACUAGAGGCUCCACUAAAGCCCCAGGGCAAAGGAAAGUCAGACUUUUCUGGCUCGGGUGACUCAGUGGUGGCUGCUGCUGGACACCAGUUCAUCUGUGAGUGCUGCGGGAAGUGUAAGUGCAGUGACUGUAGGGCUCCCAGGAGCCUGCCAUCAUGUUUGGCAUGUAAUGGUCAGUGCCUCUGCUCUGCUGAAAGUGCUCUUGAGCAUGGCACGUGCAUGUGCCUUGUUAAGGGCAUCUUCUACCACUGCUCCAAUGACGAUGAGGGCGAUUCGUGCGCUGACCACCCCUGCUCCCUGUCGCGCUCCCACUGCUGCUCUCGUUUCCUGUGCAUGGGGUUAAUGUCGGUACUCUUCCCUUGUCUGCUAUGCUACCCACCUGUUAAGGGCUGUCUGAAGGCGUGCCAGGGUUGCUAUGACCGGGUUAACCGACCCGGCUGUCGCUGCAAGAACUCCAACACUGUCUAUUGUAAACUGGAGAGCUGGGCCCCACAGAGCCAGGAGAAGCCUUCCUGAUCCCUUCCUGUGUUUUGUGACUGCGUGUGCACAGGAGACUCUAAGUGUGGGUCAUUUGAUGAGUAUGGAAAUGAUGAUGGUCACAAAUUAAUGUUUUUCAAACGUUCUAAGCACCUCCUACCCGACUCCUGUCCUGGCUGCAGAACAGAACGGAGCUAAGCAAAGGAAAACCACUCAAUUAUUUUUACUCUCUCUGGAUCAGGACCGUGUUUUUACAGACCAGUGUUUGCCUUAUUUGUUUCUCUGUCUGCCCUCGGCUCCUCAUUAACAUUAUUUUUAUAUGCAUAUAUGAAAACGAUUUUCUUCCGUUUUAGGUAGGCAGUUUCAUUUUUCUGGGCCUGCGCCCACUGGGGGCUGCCUCACACCAGAUCUGUGAAGGACGAUCUUUAAGGCGAUUAUGUAGCUGUUACCUGGUAUUCAUAGCAAGCAGGUUUGUUUCACUCACCAGCCACACUAAACCCGUGGUCCUAUACACUUGUGAUGCAUUAAAAAAAAGCACAUCCAUCUCGUAGUAUUCUCCACUUGGAUAUGUUUCUCCUUUUUACCCAUCUGAACUAUUCAAAUACAUUCUGUGGCAUUCUCCCAUUGUUUUUUUUAAUGUGUAAAUUGUAUGCUCCAUAAGAGAUAUUUUGGCUAUUUUUUAAAAGAAAAAAAUGUCUGCUAAACUUUUUUUUUGUUGUAAAAAAUAUUUAUUAUGUGAAGCUCUAUUAUUUUAUGAUAUUUAUUGCAAGAGACAGUCUUAAAUUUACUCAUGUCUGAAUAUAACAAAAUAUCAAAUACUUACUGAAAAAUUAAAGGGUGGCACAAAGAAAACUAUGUUAACUUUAAUGCAGAAAAUAUAUUAAUUAAUGAAAA